AUGGAGCAUUUUUUUUUGAAAGUUUCAGAGAACAAUGGAGAUCGUAACGCUAAGCUUUGUAUCGAUAGACAACUUAAAAGUGAAAUCGCGGAAGUCGUCAAGGGUGUUGAGGAUUCUUGCCAGCUUCCAGCACCAAACUAUGUACGAGUACAGAUUCGUUUGCAUAACUCUCAAGGGAUUGGUCAAUGCGUCAGCGAGUUCAACCGUCCCGAUUGGGCUGGGAACUGCGUUACCCGAUCACCCAAGAGCUUCGCCGUCGGCUUCUUCUCCGAUAAGGCAAGAAAGAACCUCUUCUUGUUCCAGGAUUAUCACUUCUGCAGCUACGAUAUCGACAAGGCUGGCAAAGACUACUCCCCUCCAUUUGGUGCAACUCGACAAGCCGUAGGCACAGCCAGAGGGAUGUACAAGGAAACGCUCUUUGCUCUCUGUGUUGGUUUCGCUGCUGCAACCACCUGCGACUCAGAAACGACAGCCGGUACUUGGUUGUUCGCUCUCGACACCUCCGUCGCCGCCUAUGCUCAUGGAGGGGAAGACCUGAAUCCUAAGUACAACUGCUUCGAGGUCUCAAAGGACAACACAACACUUCAGAAACUCAGGGUGAGGCUUUGGAUUUUACCCGCUUACCUGCUGAAGGGCGGAAGUUGUGCAACUGGAAGGAGCGGGAAGAAUUCGAAACAGUUCUUCCCGCUUUUCCCAGUACUUUCCAAGUCCGUAUCGGCCACUUGCGACCCCGGCACUGUGGAAGCCCAAGCUGACGACAAUAAUGAGAAGAACUGUGUUGACAAACAACUGAGGGCUGAUAUCGCUGAAGAUGUUAAGGAUGCUGAGGAUUCUUGCCAGGGACUCGUCAAUGCGCUCGCCAGCAAACUAAAUCGACCUGGAUGGGCAAUGAACUGUGUUGCUCGAUCCCCCAAGAGUUUCUCUCUGUUCUUUUUCGCAAAGGAUAAGAACUUCUGCCGCUAUGAUGCCGUCAAGGGUGGAAAGAUCUACACUCUUACUCUUGCGGAACUCGACAAAUCGAAGCCAGGACCGAAGGAGUGA